AUGCCGCGAGCAAGUCAUGUGUUGCCAUUGAGGCCAGCCACGCAUGUUCGCGUUGAUUCCGUCGGUAAAGAGUCAGCUGGAGUUGGACGAUGGCGCUGGGCAUGGCGUUUCAAUGUAGGCGAGCUAGACGUGAGAGCAUUAAGCCACUGGGAUUUACCCUCAGCCACUCUCUCUCCUCCUGGCGAAUCCGAACGCGGGAUAACGAACGAUCUGCUCUCAGGAUUGACUAAGGUAUGGCGUAUUGAUGUGAACGCCAAAGAUGAAACCCCCCGGAGAAUGGUCGCCGCCGGCUCAGUUGGUCUACUGCGAUAUCCAUAUCCAAUAUGUGGACUUGAGGCAGGACGCCUCCGAAGCACAAAGCGGAACAUCUUGCUGCCUGGUUCCAUGGGAGGAGCAGAUGAUAUCCUGGUUACCCUAUCUUAUCCGGCAAAUGCAUGCAGCUUAUGA